ACAGAGAUUCCAGAAAAAUAAAAGAAACAAAUAAUUCCAAAACCUUCUUUCUUUAUCGAAAUCAAGAAACUUGCAAGAUCUGGUGAAAACCAUGGAAGAAGGAGAUUUUUUCAACUGCUGCUUCAGCGAGAUUAAUAGUGGCAUGACCAUGAAUAAGAAGAAGAUGAAGAAGAAGAGCAAUAACCAGAAGAGGUUUAGCGAGGAACAGAUCAAGUCACUUGAGCUUAUAUUUGAGUCCGAGACGAGGCUUGAACCGAGGAAGAAGGUUCAGGUGGCUAGAGAGCUAGGGCUGCAACCAAGACAAGUGGCUAUAUGGUUUCAAAACAAGAGGGCUCGUUGGAAAACUAAGCAACUUGAGAAAGAGUUUAACAUUCUUCGAUCCAAUUACAACAAUUUGGCUACACAAUUUGAAAUCAUGAAGAAAGAAAAGCAAUCUCUUGUCUCUGAGUUGCAGAGACUAAAUGAGGAGAUGCAAAAGCCUAAAGAAGAAAAGCAUCAUGAGUGUUGUGGUGAUCAAGGAGUGGCUCUAAGCAGCAGCACAGAGUCGCAUAAUGGAAAGAGUGAGCCAGAAGUGAGGUUAAACCAAGGGAUUGUUCUAUGUGAUGAUGGUGAUUACAACAACAACAUUAAAACAGAGUAUUUUGGGUUCGAGGAAGAGACUGAUCAUGAGCUCAUGAACAUUGUGGAGAAAGCUGAUGAUAGUUGCUUGACAUCAUCUGAGAAUUGGGGAGGUUUCAAUUCUGAUUCUCUGUUAGACCAAUCUAGCAGCAAUUACCCUAAUUGGUGGGAGUUUUGGUCAUAAAAACAUAUAAGAAAGAAACAAAACAUAAGUGAAGAGAAAGAGUGUGAAUAGUUUGUAGAUUAUGUGUUAAUAAAAAUAAAUGUUAGUUUAGUUU